AUGCCCGCUUCCUCCCCUACUGGCAACACUCCCUAUCCCACUGGAGGCUACGGCGGCAGCGGCCACAUCACGACCAACGGAAACAAGUGGGCCAUCACCUACACCCCUUACGCUCAGUCUGGCCUGUGCAAGUCCCGUGAGGAGAUUGUAGCCGACAUCAAGAAGAUCCACGACCUUGGCUUCACCACGAUCCGUGCCUACAGCACUGAAUGCAAUGUCUUCGAGUGGGUUGUGCCCGAGUGCCAGAAGUACGGAAUCAAGAUCAUCUACGGUAUCUUCCUCGAGGCCAACGGCAAGGGCUGCUUCUCUGAGCACGCCGACCAGCAGCUCCAGGAAAUCAAGAACAAGGCGCCCAAGGACUCUGUCGCCAUGGUCGUUGUUGGUAACGAGUGCAUGUUCAACGGUAACUGCCAGCCCCAGCAGCUUGCGUCGUACAUCGACCACGUCCGCCAGGAGCUCUACGCCGCCGGUUUCCCCAGGACCAUUGCCAUCACCACCUCUGAGCCCGUCGGUACCUGGCAGGAGAAGGGUGCCGCCCUCUGCGACCACAUUGACGUGACUGCCUGCAACGUCCAGCCCUACUUUACGGAUUCCAUCACCGCCGACAUGGCCGGAGACUUUGCCGUCACGCAGCUCAAGCUCGCCGCCGAGGUGUGCCCUGGUCCCUCAAACAACGGUUCGUACAUUCUCGAGAUUGGUUGGCCAUCCCAGGGCUCGCCCAACGGCCAGGCCGUCCCCGGCGUCAACCAGCAGAAGACUGCCAUCCACAGCAUCAUGGACAAGGUUGGUGACCACUGCGCUGUCUACUCUUUCAACGACGACUCGUGGAAGCCUGCUGGUCCCCACGGUGUGGAGCAGCACUUUGGCUGCACUGACGCUCUCGCCUCGUACUAA